AUGCUGCUGCUAGGUGAUGUGAAACUACCCGGUGCCGAACGUCGAAGUUUGUACUAUCGACGCUAUGGGAAUCCAAACUACGGUGGUAUGACCGGGAUUUUGAGUCGUUCAUAUCGUCGACGUUUGAAGUUGUCCCGUCACAAGGCCGGCGCGGAUUCAGACGGAAAUGUGCGUCACGUGCGUGUCUUACCAAGCGAUUUUGCCGAGGCGAUUGCAGAUGCGUACGAAUAUUCCGAUCUGGUGGACCCACCGGCACGGGCAAAAACGAAACCCGUAAAAUCACUAUCGCUCAUAUUUGGCAACCUCGACUCCAUCACUGGUCCGUCCCCGGAACGUCCUCUUGUCGUUUACGAUAAUCUGUAUGACGUGGAUGAGCACAAAUCCGGAUCAGCAGGUGCUGGCAGAUCAGAUACGAGACGUAAUAAGCCCCUAAAUGGACUGAAAGUCAGUCCUGGCCAAAGGCGUGAAGCAGUCGAUUUUCCCACACCUGGUGCACAAUGGCAUCCCCGCAAAUGGCCUCGCCGGGAUAGAGGUCCACCACCAAACCGCUGGCUAACCGAUGAUUACCGAUUCAGUCCGCCCGAUGUGGACAAUAUCCGUGUUGUGGAUCUACGCGAGCCGUGGGCCGCACAAGCUUCACCACUGCAUGAACCAUUCGUGUUUUCCGGCAAGAAAACAAUCAAUCGUCGUCGUGGUAGUGGAAGUGGGAGUGGUCCAUUGCACCUAGACCCCCUGUCAACUGUUCCGGACGGGACCACGAUCACAUUGAUGCCAGACACAGAUCCCAUCGAACCGGACGAAGAUGAAAAUGCUUAUCGUGCCCGUCGACUUCUAGCCUCGAUGAGCAUGGUUGCAGAUAUGGAGGAGCACACGACCAGACAACGCCCUCUCAGUGGUCGACUGGGUAUCCCUCACGGUCGCAGCAGUGGAGGCGGUGCAAGUGGACGUCGAUCAGCGCACGACCAGCGACGUCGAAAUCGCGACGUGUGGCAACGGCUGGGCUGA